GCAAGAAGGAUCAGCAAUGGCGACUGUGGAGCGGAGACUACCCAGUCCCGAGGCGCUGGUGGGACAGCCUUGGACCCACUGGAUCGAUGCCGCCAAACAUCAAGGGGCCGACGGCACCGAAUUGGAAGAAACUUUUAAGGAGUGCGGGAAAAACCGUGAGGUCAUGCGGCUGAGUAGGGAAGAUAUGCCAAUAUUUGGUCACUGUCCAGCGCAUGAUGAUUUUUAUCUGGUGAUGUGUAAUCAUUGUAAUCAGGUUGUAAAACCCCAGGCCUUUCAAGCACAUUAUGAAAGAAGACACAGUACAUCAAGCAAACCACCUGUAACUCCUCCGUCUUCUACGUACUCUUACCCUUCCACACUCUCAAAAAGCAGAAGUGGUAGUGAUUGUGGGAAUAGUCGCUCUUCUGGUGGCAACUGUGCUUCAUCUAGCUCCAAGAUACAAAAAUCCCCCAAAGAUAAACUUCACAUCGGUGGUAUGAACAGACCAUUUUACAUGGUUCAUCAUGGCAGGAUGCACCAUGAGAAAAACAUGACUUCAGUGGCUAAACCAGAGAAGGUGCAUCCUAAUGUGAAGAUUGAUGGCACAUCAUUGAAAAUGAUGCCUGUUCCCAUUAAUUCCGCCACUGUGAGUGCUUCAAUAAAAACUGGCCUUAAUAGUCCUACAAUACCAAAGGCACCCCUGCCCUCCACUGGACAGAUACCCAAUGGUAAAAAUCUUCUGUCAACUCCUUCAUCCUCAGAAAAGAAACUUGAAGAUGGUAAAAAUAUCAAGAAACCCUCUUCUCAUAAGAGACUGUCAGAGCGGGAGUUUGACCCAAACAGACACUGUGGUGUUGUUGAUCUUGAAACCAAGAAACCAUGUACAAGAUCCUUGACGUGCAAGACACAUUCCUUGAGCCAACGGAGAGCAGUACCAGGUCGUAGGAAACAUUUUGACCUAUUGUUGGCUGAGCACAAAAACAAACCCAGGGAAAAAGAAUCGCAUAGAAUCUCUGAACAUCAUCACCAGGCACCCCUUCUCAGGGAAUCGCAUCCCUCGCCAUCUAAAGCUUCCCAGGAAUUGCAUCAGAAUUCCCAUGGAAAUAUUGCAUCGGAUGUAAAACAGACGGUGUCUGGCAAAACCAAAUUUUACAAUUCAAGUCUUCCAAGGCCUGCCAGUUGUUCGUUACAGCACAGUGGCAAUAUCAUCACUGAUACUGCAUCGGUACAUGAAUUGCACCCCUCACUUGUAGGACCAGACUCUGUAUCCAGAUUGUCCAGCGAUGAGGGAGAAUGUGAUGAGAAAGAGGAAUUGGUAGAAAAACUAGACUGCCAUUAUUCUGGACAUCACCCUCGACCAGCAGCUCUUUGCACCUUUGGAAGCCGACAGGUUGGCCGAGGCUGCUUUGUGUUUGACAGGCGAUGGGACCACUUUCGGUGUGCACUUAGUUCCAUGGUUGAAAAACAUCUUAAUUCACAAAUGUGGAAAAAAAUUCCUCCUGCAGUGGAUAGUCCUACAUCAACACAGUCAGUCCCUCACAGCACUGGCAUGAUUUCCUCACAACUGUCGCAUUCCAGUGUUAAUACUGCAGGUUUUGUUUCCUCUUCAGCAAUGUCCUCAUCAUUGACAUCUCCAGCAUUGGUUUCUUCUUCAUGUACAUCAGUUGAAACUAAAUCUGUGCUCUCAUAUGCAACUAUGAAUGCUCACCCUGCUGCCUUGGGCGUCAUGGACCCUGCUUAUUGUAUGCAAUCUAGACAUGUAUCGUCACCUUCUGUGAUGCCUUCUGGGCUUUCUUCGGUUCCUUCACAUGUGUUUAAUAAACCUCAAAAAGUGAAACCCAGCAAGUCUUUUAAACCUAAAGAUCCUUCAUCUACCAGCAGUAACAGUAAUAGUAACUCCAGUAGCAACAAUAACAGCAGCAGUUCUGGGAAGAAGAGAAAAAAUAUUUCUGCACUGCCAUUGCAUUCUUCCACUCAUUCCACAGAAUCUCUGAAGAAAAAUUGUGUGAAUUCUGGGAAUCUAGGGACGUCUAAUUACUCACCAGUCUCCUCAUCUUACAGCAGUACACACAUCGGCCUCAAUUGUACAAACAAAAUGAAUUCUUUAGGCCUCAAACAUGAACAGUCAGGAAAAGGGCUUCAAAUGGGGAUCCCUGCAGAAUCAAUUAAACGGAUGAGUGUGGUUAUGAACAGUAGUGAUUCCACUCUUUCACUAGGGCCAUUUGUCCAUCAGUCAAACGAGCAGUCUGCAAACUUGCAUGGUGGCUUUUCACAUCCACAUACACCACUGGAUAAGCUGGAAGGGAAAAAACGGAAAAGCUCACCGGGUUCAAGCACCACAAACAGUGGUAACAAAUCGAACAAGAUUGCCAAAUCGCCUGUGGUAAACAAUGUUCAUUCGAAGCAUCCUAGUGUGAUCCCAGGAACACCAGGGCUUUCCAACAACACUCUCCUCCAUCAGGUAUGA